CUUCCUUAACUCAAAGUGAUCAUCCCUCCCGAAUCCAACCCCCUUCUUGUCUCCAUCAAUCCUCGGUCCGGAGUGGCGGUCGCCGUGGUGACGCGGGGCCUACGGGGAUCAGAAAAACAUUUAGUCCGGAGCCUUAUACGGCGGCGCGGCUAUAAAGACUGGCGCGCACGACUGACCGAAGGACUCCAGUGAGCGCGGGAAGGUGCUGCCACAGGAAGCGGCGCAUUUCACAAUAAGAGCGUCACGCAGGAGAGAGAGAGGGGCCCCUUGAUGAGGAAAAACGCCGGUUUGUUGCCGCUCAUCUACGUCACCGAGGUAGCGGAGCGGAGCGGCUGCGAUGUCCUCAGCAUCCCCGUGUUCAUGCGGCGUGGCGGCUCCGAGUCCAACCUGGAUGUGGUGGACAGCCUCGGACACAUCGGCGUGGGUCUGGACUUCAGCAAGGGGGCGCUGGGCAUCGACAGUCUGCAGCAGAAGAUCCUCAAGGUGACGGAGCAGAUCAAGGUGGAGCAGACGGCGCGCGACCGGAACGUGGCGGAGUACCUGAAGCUGGUGAACAACGCCGACAAGCAGCAGGUGGCGCGCAUACGUCAGGUGUUUGAGAAGAAGAACCAGAAGUCGGCUCACUCCAUCGCCCGGCUGCAGAGGAAGCUGGAGCAGUACCACCGCCGCCUGAAAGACGGCGAGGGCAAGCACCACAAGGAUGGCGCCAAGGAGUCCGGGAGUCACAGCAAGGAGGGCAGCCUGCGGGACGUCAGCUCCUCGGGGCGACACCCGGCGCUGGACAAAGUCAAGACCAUCGGGCCGGGCGUCUCGCUCUCGCCGCCCUUCUUCUUCAACAAGUCCCGGGGCUUCGCCAACCUCAUCCGGAACAAGUACGGCAGCGCCGACAACAUCGCUCACCUCAAGAGCAUGGACUCUGCUUCCGGGAUGCAGGUGGAUGGCACGGCCCGGGGGUUGAGCGGGAGCGCCAACACCGUAGCCAAGACCAGCAAGUACCACAGCGACGACGAGUGCUCCACCGGGACCUCGGCCUCCGCCGACUCCAACGGCAACCCCGCCGGGGGCUCGGCGGGCGGCUCAGGGGGCGCGGCCCACUCGGACACCAACGGUCAGCUGGCGGAGGUCCUGGAGAUGGUGCGGGAGAUCCGGGAGGCUCAGGCGCAGCUGGCGGAGGACAUCGAGACUCUGAACUCGCAGUUCAAACGAGACUACGGGUACUUCUCUCAGGUGAUGCAGGAGGAGAGAUACAGGUAUGAGCGACUGGAGGACCAGCUCAACGACCUGACCGAGCUGCACCAGCAUGAGACCAGCAACCUGAAGCAAGAUCUGGCCAGCAUCGAGGAGAAGGUGGCUUACCAGGCCUACGAGCGGGCUCGGGACAUCCAGGUAUCACCCCAAACCCACCCGGCUUCCACCGCCGCCAUCAUGCAUGUGUGUGUGUGUGUGUGUGUUGUGUUCAGGAGGUCCUGGAGUCUUGUCAGACCCGCGUGUCCAAGCUGGAGCUCCAGCAACAGCAGCAGCAGCAGCAAACGGUCCAGCUGGAGAACGCUGACGCCAAAGUCCUCCUGGGGAAGUCCAUCAACAUCAUGCUGGCCAUCGCCACCGUCAUCCUGGUGUGCGUGUCCACGGCGGCCAAGUUUGCCGCCCCGCUGCUGCGCAGCCGCCUCCACCUGGCGCUCACCUGCGUGGGCGUGUCCUUGCUGGCGCUGCUGUGGAAGAACUGGGAACACUUGCAGUGCGCCCUGGAGCGACUGCUCCUCCCACACUGAGACCCCUAGCUUUUACGUCAUGAGAGACCACGCCGUUUACAAGGACUGGAGCCGGCCACCACGCUGCCUUCAGGGUGUAUGGGAAAAGACAAACCCCACCAGCUGUCUUUUUUCCACGUCAUGUUUUUCUAUUUUAUUUUGGAGGGAUUAUUUCCUGUCCCACAGGGUUGUAACACUGUGAAGUUUGAGCUUGUGACCGCCAGAAGGUUUGACGUGUUGUUUUUGUCCCCCCCCCCCAUUCUUUUCCAAAUAAUGAUUUGGACAUUUGGGGAAAUGAGACAUAAUCUGACCAUUUUUAGGAUUUUUUUUUUUGCUCCCAUUAGAAGGACUGUAUGUGUUAAUCGCACAGCGAGUCACGUAGUGGCUAGUCGGGGUCGAUUCUCAUCUGGACUAUUCAUUUGUAUUCUAAAUCGAUCCAUAAUUUUUAAAAAUCAAUUGAAUAAAAAUUUAAAAUUA